AUGGCGACUUUAAUACUUUUUGUGAUAUUUUCUAUUGUUCUGGCUUUAGACGAUUUUACUGUACACAUUUUCAAGGUGGGACAAGCUGACUCCCAGUUAAUUCAGUUUGGUAGUGGAUAUACAAUUUUGAUUGACCUUGGGGAAAAUCGAGACGACACGGAACCGACAAAUGCAAAGUACGUUGAAAGUCGAUUAGAGGAGUUGUUGCCUUCGAAGAGGAUAGAUGUUCUGAUAUUGUCACACGUUCAUUUGGACCAUUUUGGGUAUGUCGAGCGGAACAGUGGGAUUCAUCAUUUAAUCGAGAGUGGAGGAUACACCGUUGGUAAAUAUAUUGGCAGAGAUAUUGGAGUUUUCAAUGGGGAUGGGGAGUGUAACAGUUCGACAAUUGACUGGAAAUAUGUUGGGGAGUAUGAAGAAUAUAAUGUCAAUUGGAUUUGUUAUGCGCACAAUUUGAAGACGCCAGGAAGCCUUGGGGCAGUCAGAGAAUUGGCGCAAAUGUGUUCGACAACGCAAAUCGCCCCUCCCGACAAAAAUGUUGCAGUUGAAAUUGUUAUAGCAGACGCGUUGUUUGCACUCAAGCAAGAUGGAAAUCCCGUAGCUUCAAAUUGGGCAAACACUGAGAAUGCCCCAAGUGAAAAUGACUAUUCCAUUUCGCUUCGCAUUCAAGUCGGCGAUUUUGUGUAUUUCACGGGCGGUGAUUUGGAUGGGAUGAGAGACUUUUCUUAUGGCAUGGAAAUAUCAAAUGAAGAAGAACUUAUUAAAGACGUUGUUGGAAGUGUUGACGUGUAUCGAGUGAAUCACCACGGCGACUACCAUUCAUCCAUCGAGAGUUUUAUAGGAACAAUGAAACCCACUGUUGGGGUAGUGUCUUGUGGAGAGAACAAUAGAUAUCAACUGCCACAUACCCAGACAAUCGCUCGACUUUCGGUGGUUUGCAAAACCAUUUUCUUGACUGAAAAUUGCAACUCAGAAACUGCAGCAUAUGGUAACUUUUAUCCAAUGAAGGACGAUGUAGUGCUGAGGUACAAAUUGAAUAGUGACACAUUUGAUAUCACAAAUUCUGACUCGUCAUAUAUCAAAACUUUCACAGUGAAGAAGAACAAAAAUGAGAGGAAGAAGUGUAGUGAAAUAGGUAAUCGUGAUAUCCAAAUCGUCGUAUUUCUGUUCGCUGUAAUUAUCCUUUUGUUCUAA